AACACUAAACCCUAGGAGAGCUCCAGAACUCCUUACCCUCAUACAACAGAAUUUCAAUAAAAAGGAUUUUCCGCCCACGUCGAGAUCGCUAAGAAAUUUAUCAAUGUGACAAGAAAGGCUUCAGCGUCUAUGGCAGUCCCACUUGUAAUUUUUGACGCCAGCCAACAGUUCUGAUAUAGUUUCAGUUCAUUUCUACAUAUACAAAUAUUUCACAUAAUUGAACUAUAUAAACCAUAAAACCAGUUUUUCAUUUGUUGUCGCGGGGCAUCUCCCCGUCAAUCGAACAAGCUGAGUAUCUUUAACAAGCUGAGUAUUGGCGGGUAGAUACAGAUGAAGCAUUGGUUAAGUGAACUAUAUAAUUCAAAUUAUCAGAGGGUAUAGAUGGAGAUGGAGAAAUUGAAGUUUGUUCGGCCUAAAUGUGUAGGUGGUCAGUCGGUUCCAACCCCACACCUGUAUGUUGCCAACUGUGGACCAGCUCUCGGCCUGUCUCUUGAAACUAUUGCAACUGCAUUUGGCAUAUUUGGUACUGUGGCAAGUGUAAACACAGCUGAUGAAACUGGCACUCGCGUGAUUGUUACAUAUCACGGUAUAGCUCCAGCUGAGGCUGCAAAAGAAUCAUGGGAUGGAUAUCCCUGCAGUUAUUUUGGUGGGCGUGUUUUGCACUUACAAUAUUCAGUACCGUGUGCACCAUGCAAGGUUGAAGGAACAUUACGAGUAUUUACAGUGGCUUCAGAGAUGGGCAUUCCUGGGCUUUAUUUAAUUCCUAACUUUAUUUCAAAACAAGAAGAACAUAAACUUCUUGCAGCGGUGGAUGAAAGGCCCUGGCAAGGGCUUUUGAAACGGAGAGUUCAACAUUAUGGUUACGAGUUCAUGUAUAAAACACGAAAUGUCGAUAGGGAGCAAAACUUGGGUCAGCUUCCAUUGUUUUUGUCGGAUUUGUUAAACAGAAUCUCAUCUCUUCCGGAGGUUAAUCAGGCAGAGAAUUAUCUGCCACUUGAUCAGUUAACGGUAAAUGAAUACCCUCCUGGAGUUGGUUUGUCUCCACAUAUAGACACACAUUCGGCAUUUGAUGGAUGCAUAAUAUCUCUUUCUUUGGCUGGUCCUUGCAUAAUGGAGUUUAGGAAGUACACAAGUGUAGGUUGGGUUUCUUCUAAAGAAAAUGAUGCUGAUCAUGGACAACUAGAUGUUGAUAUGAGCUGUACAGAAGAUAAUCUUGGCAAUCAAUGUUCCACAAAAUGUCCGAAGUUUGAGAGGAUGGCCCUUUUCCUUCCUCCAAGGUCUCUACUUCUAUUGUCUGAGGACGCACGCUAUGCAUGGCACCACUAUAUACCUCAUCACAAGGUGGAUAUUGUUAAUGGAGAAAGGAUUCCUAGAAGUUUGAGGAGGGUAUCAUUUACAUUUCGUAAGGUUCGAUUUGGCCCCUGCAGCUGUAGAUUCCCACAGUAUUGUGAUUCCCAAAUUCAAGUUAGGCAAGUAUAACGCAAUGUGAAAAUAGUGGAACUAAGAAAAAUUGCUAAUUAUAUGAGACGAAUUGUAUCUGAUGACGAGUCUUAUGUUAAGGCUUGAAACAUUGAGGAAUUGUGUCUUUGCAACACAGGGCUUUCCAAAAGUUUUGUGUAUUAUUAACUGAAGAAUUGUUAGGCUAAUAUUGAAAGUUAUCAGUGUUCAUUGUCUUGGAAAAUGUCAAGGAAUCAAAUGGUUUGACAAAUUACUAACACUAACAUUAUAUUUCAAAAUGGCUAAGAAUCUUAUAGAAAGAUUUUAAUC